CAUGGACGUCGUCGGGAAGGUUAUGGGAUCAUUCAAUGCUGAUGCGCUGAAGGAGCCACGAGGUUUUAUCAAGAUCCUGCAAUGGAUCCUGUCCAUAUUUGCCUUUGCAACAACUACAAGUGUUAACACCCAGCUUAGUUUCUAUGCAAAAUGUGGCGAAGGACUUGAUAGUAUGAGACAGGAAGCAUCUGUGUCCUAUCCAUUCAGGAUAGAAGAUCAGAAAUAUGAGAUACCCUUGUGUAGGAAUGCUUCUGAAUCUGUGGAUGUAAAGUAUGCUCCCUAUGUGGGGGGGUCAGCCUCUGCAGCAGAGUUUUAUGUCUUUGUUGGAGUCAUUGUCUUCCUCUACUGCAUGGCUGCUCUCAUCCUUUACAUCUUCUUUGAUGAUCAGUACCGAAAGAACAACCUCUUCUCCAUUGGGGACUUUGUAAUAUCCUGUGUGUUGACUGCCCUCUGGCUGAUCUCUUCGGCUGCUUGGGCUCAAGGAUUGGUCAAUCUGAAGUAUGACACCGACCUUGCGGAGAGUGACCUGUACCGUAGGAUUCAAGAUUGCCUGAUAUAUGGCUGUGUUCAGGAUGUGUUACCAAACUUUGCCAGCCUUAAUGUAUCAAUUAUAUUUGGCUUUCUGAACAUGGUGGUGUGGGGAGGAAAUCUUUGGUUCCUGUACAAGGAAACUCCUUGGUUUAAGGUUCAAUCCAAGCCACCUACCUCUCCCACGCAAGGUCAGGACAUUGAACCCCAAAGGAUCUAAGAAUUCCCCUGAUGGGAUUGAACUAGAAGACCAGCAAGCUAAUACAUACUGUUAAGGAUGUUGUGACUGUAGCAUUGACAAUGUUUAUGUAAUGAAAAUCAAGGAACAUGUAUUCCAGCUCCUCCACAAAUGAACAAAAUCAAUGAAAUUCCAUCAGAGAAUGGUCAAGUCUUGACUUUUCCAAUAAUGUUCACAAAUUAUUUCUGAAGAGCUAAAAAUGAGUUAGACAAGAUUGAACCUUUCCAUUUUAUAUCUAACAGAGAAAUCAAAUGAUGUGAUUGAGACUACACCAACAGUGUUUGGCUAUUUCCAGAAUAUGUAAAAUUCCAUUACAUUGUAUGUGUGUGUGGCUAUAUAUGUAAUGAGAUCUGAUGUUUUCAACAUGGUUAUAAUAUAGCUGUAAUAUGAUUGAUGUUAGUAAUUAAAAGAUAGGAUACAAUUGUGUGUUUGCAAUCAAAAUAUAGAUUCUUUUUCAACAAUUUUUUUGCAUACUUAAUACCAAAUAUUUACCAGAAUUUCUUAGGAAUCAUAUGCAGAGUAGAUGUUGUCAUCUUUUUCUUCCUUGGUAAUUACAUACAAGGUAUAUAUUGAAGAUGUAUGUUUUUAAAUUGAUGGUCACCACUUUCAACUUUGGUGUUUUUGGGUAAGAUAGUGAUGCACAACUUAUCUCUACAUUCAGAAUAACCCUUGUUUAUAAAGACCUUCAAUGUAGGACAAGUAAAUAGUUGAAUACUGUUUGAUUGGCCCAAAAUCUGAUCUGUGCCAUAUGAAAUAUCUGUUUGCUCAGUGAUGUAAUGUGACCAAGAUUUCUUACAAUAAGAGUCAUUAGGUGUGGAUUUAUCUCAAGCCAGUAAUAUUUGUACAGACGUUUUGUUACUUGUUGGAAAACAUGGAUUUAUCUGAACUACAUGCUGUAAAAUGCUAUUCCCUGUGAAAUUUUUGUUUUGGCAUGAAUAAGAUUAUUUGAGAUGAUAUUUCAUGGACUGAAAUAGAGGUGUGCAUACCCUUACUGCUCUUCAUUUAUAAGAGUAUUUUCUUGUGUGUGUACACUUGGGUUGAGAAUUUAACAAGGUCCUUUUCUUUAGUAUACCUGGUACAUAAAAAACAUCAACAAUUUUUGAGUUUGUGCUAUUCUGGAUAUUUUCAUUGCAAAAAAAAAAAAAAAAAAAAUGGAAAAAGUGUUUAUUCUAUUAGCCAGACAAACAAAGACACUUGCAAUAGUUUAAGCCUUGCUAUAUUCAUCUAGAAUUCUCUCCAUUCCUUAAAGAAUUCUACAUCUCUGUAAGCAUUUUUUUACAAUCAUAUGCAAGUUAUAUUAUCUCAUCACACAUGAAAUAAAUAAAGUGACAAGUUUUAGUUUGUUGACAAAUGUUUUAAAAUUUUGUUGUAAAUUACAUAAACUUGUAUAAAAGUGUAUAACUGUGUUAAAAUGUGUUUUUGAGGUUUUGGUUAAGAUUUUUUUACUGUUUUCUGUUUCCACCACAUUGUUGAAAUAUUUGAAAUAAUUUAUUAUUAUUAUUAGGUACAAGUUUUUGUCAGAAUCGUUAACUUGCUUAGUUUGAGUUGUUUGGUUAAUAACCUUGUUAGCUUAUUAAGAUCAUGCCUUGUAAAUUUUUCAUGCUUGUAGAUGUUUUGUAGUUAUCUCCCUUGAUUUUGAAGGGCUAUGAAAUAAUUAAACAUUUCUGAUGUAUCAAACAAUAGCUAAAUAAUCAUUCAUCUGGAACAUAACAGUGACUAUGUUGUAUUAGUCAGAUUACAAGUGUUUUUUUUUUUUAAUGAAACAGUGAAAUUCUUGUGCAAGAACAAGAUUACCCAAGAACUCAUGUCCUGUUAUAUCUUGCAAUGAUCGGGGUGCUUUUAGUGAACUGAUAAAGGCUUGAAUUUCCAAUCAUGCUUUUUAUUUUUCAUGUUUAUUUUUUUAAAAAUCAAGUAAUCUUUCGAAAGUGCACAUUUCAAAAUUAUUUAAAAUUGAAGAUUUGUGAUACAUCUUAAAAUUCCAUCUAAUAUGAUAUUGUACAAAAUUCAGUUGAUCACUGUGUGUAUAUAUUGUAUCAAUGUAUCAGACAUGAUUAGAGAAUCAAGUGAUGGGACUUAAUGAUAUACAGAUUAUGUGCUACAUAAAUGAUAAUGCCUUGAAGACCUUAUGAUGCUCCGUUGGGAUUGGAGUAUAUACACUGACUUACUGUAUAGGAAACCUCUGCAGGAAUGAUCUAUUGAAUGAUGUGUAGAUGAUUUGAGUAUGCUAGUGUACAUAAUCUGGUGUUGUGGAAGUGUACAUUUUGUCUGUAGCAGGAAUUAUCUAUUUACAUGUAUUUAUAUUAACCAAUUACAGGUGCCUCACUGUGUAACUAGGUGUCAAGGUAUUUUUCAAUUUUGUUUAGAAUUUCCUACACUGACUAGUUUUUUGUGUUUUUUUUUUUCAUUUUCUAUUUCCAAAGGCAUCUUGGUGUCGACUAUGAUAAUGUAUUUUAUUUCUGUACAUUUUCUAUUCUGGAUGGCUUCUUGGCGUCAAAUGAAUAUUGUUUAUUGUUCCGUUAUAACCUGCACUGUUUCUCAGUGUCCACUUGUGAUACGCUUGAUUUCUCUUUUGUACUUUUUCAAUGGCUGACUGUUUUAUGGCAUCAUUUACAUUAGAAAUGAUUUCUGUCUUGUUUCUGUAUUCUUUACAAGCCUCUAGGUUUUUCUCAUGUGAUUGUAAUUACAGCAGUUAAGCAUCUGGAAAUAUUGUUAUGUCUAUCUGUUAGGAGAUACUAAAAUGGGCUCUGGCAAAGCCGACCAUUGUUGUCACGUCAAACUGGGUACCUACAGUUUACACUGAAUACAAAUCCUCAAAAUGAUCCUUUUUUCAGUUUGAAAGAAAUGAACACCAAAAUAAAAGAACUAAGGUUUCUAAUUCAAUAUACAUCUGUAUUGUCAAAAUUUUAUGUAAAGGUCUGUAGUUGUAAAAAUGUUUAUGAUAAUGGAACCUGGAAUCUGUGUUUUACUUUUUGAUUAUUGACUUCUUUGGUGUAUAAAUAAUUUGUAAUUUGAUUCAGAUGAAUGAUGAUAAAAAUCUCGCAUAAUAUCAUUAUUUACUUACUAUUUAAAAAUUGAUGUCAGCUAGAUUUUCUUUCUCAAGCAUUUAAAAGACCCAGGUGUAGGAAUACUUCUAAAUACUUAGAUAAAACUAAUCUUUUUAAACUAUUAGCUCUUGGUGUAUGUUUUUCAUUGGAAAAAAAAGCAUUCCAUAGUUUAGAAAUUUCUUUGAGUAGAAAGGUUUCACACUUUGAUGUUGAUUUUGUGUGUUAAAUCUGCUGAAAGAGAAAUGUAUAACGGGAGUGUUGAAUACAUUGAUAACGUAGUUUACUGAGGAGUAAUACAUUAGUAGUAUAGUUUAUAGAGUGUUGAAUACAUUGAUAACGUAGUUUACUGAGGAGUAAUACAUUAGUAGUAUAGUUUAUAGAGUGAUGAAUACGGUAAUCAACUAUUUAAGUGUACAUCAUUUACCAAGUGCUGAAUAUAUCAAAAUCAUAAUACAUUUCAAGGUGAAUAUGUAUGUAUUUGUUGAUGGAUAAAUACACAGAAAAUGUAGUUUAUGAAGUGAUGAACACUUGUUAGAGUGAGACUUACAGUUCACAUCUCAUUUUGCAUUUAUUCACAAAAAGAAACUAAUCAAAUCAACAACGAAGUACUUAUUUGGUAGAAUUGACAACAAGACAAUAUAAAUCUAAAUGAACAGAUGAAAAAUGUUGGAACUUUUACUUGAUUUUCUAAGAGAUAGUAACAGUUUGAAUUUCAUAAUGAUUGCUAGCUAACAUGUGAAUAUGUGUUUUAAUUAACAAGUUACGACUAUGGCACUUUGGCUAUAUGAUAAAGAUAUUGAUAUUUUUUCUUGCUAAGAUCUGAUGCUGAUAACUUUAUUCUUUUGUUCAUGUGAUGUGUGAAAAGUGCUAGUUCUUUCUUCAUUGUUUAUUCAAGCCAUGAGUUUAAUUAAAGUUUUCAUUUAAAUCUAAACCAAUGUUUUAAUGCCAUUGUUAUUCAGAAAAUGCCUUUAAUUUUAAGAACGUAUUCGAUGCAUUCCUGUAAAUUUUAUCUUGUGCUGCCUAGGUUGAUAGAGGUAGUUAGGUUUUACUCAUUAGAAGGUCUGAAGUUUAUAUCCUUACCUAUGUUAGGUACCACAUCAACUGUAUUAUGAUGCAUGGUCAGCUGUAGGGGAAUAUCACUUUAUAUUUGUGCUGCAAGUAUGUGUAAGGUAUGUAUUAUCAGUGUUAAAUGAUGCUAAAGUACUCCAUCAAAUGCUGAGGAUAGUUAAAAGUGCAGCAAAAACCAAUGUUGUAUGGUGUUUCAUGUAAAUCAGCAGUCUGGCCAAAUUUAGCUUGAUGUGUUACAUUAUAUUAGUAUGUGCUGAGACUUAGCUUAAUUUUUGUAAUGUUAUCAGUCAUAAAAAUAACUUUAUAUGAAAUGAAACCGAUUGGUUAGGUUUCAUUUUAUCUCAGCAAGGAUACAAAAUAAAUCUCAGCUGAUUGGUGUAAUCAAACAGGAAACAAAAUAAAUCUCAGCUGAUUGGUCAAAUUUAACGGGAUACAAAGUUAAACUUGGCUGAUUGGUCUAAUUUAACAGGAUGCAAAAUAAAUCUCAGCUGAUUGGUGUAAUCAAACAGGAAACAAAAUAAAUCUCAGCUGAUUGGUCAAAGUUAACUAGAUACAAAAUAAAGCUCAGCUGAUUGGUCAAAGUUAACUAGAUACAAAAUAAAGCUCAGCUGAUUGGUGUAAUCAAACAGGAAACAAAAUAAAUCUCAGCUGAUUGGUCAGAUUUUGCUUACCCAGUUAGCCUAGGCCAGAUAAAGCUUUUGUUACAUAGUGAUGUGGUGAGAUGCAUCUUUUCGUAUCUUAAGAUUUAAGCAGGGUUUGUUGUUAUUGGUUGUGUAGGAUUAAUGUUAAAGUGAUAGCAGCAUCUACUCACUGGUGGUAUAUAUGCCUUCUGUAAUAAAGUUUUGUAUUAAGAAAAUAA